GAGGGGCGAGUGCUCAGUGGUUUGGGGUCCGCCUGGCAGUGAAUACGUGUGUUAACUCUACUCUCGCCCACCUGCCAGCCUGCCUUCCUGCCUGCCUGCCUCCCUGCUGGGUGACCGAGAAUCAGGAGCCAAGGAACAGUCGCGCGAGGGAAGUGUGUGACUGUGUUGGAGGGCCUCGAGGACUAUGAGUAGAUAAACUCUUACAAGUGAAGGCCUAGUGACUGACAUCCUCUUCCCUCGAGCGUCUCACCACAACAUGAUCACUGGCGCCACGAUGGCUAAAGCAGAACACCAAGUGACGGUACAGGAACAAGUGGUGGUGUCUGUGGAUGAUAACAACAACGACAGUAACAAUAAUAAUAAUAAGUGUUCGGAAGAUGAAUCAGGAAUCUCUGGCGGGAAGUACCAGCUUCGUCCGCGGUCUGUUAAGUCGCGGCGCCGCUGUGACAGUGACUGGAACUUCCAGGACACGCUGAGACAUAAGCCACGGCCGCCGCCACUCUCCAGGUACCGCAGGAAGACGGCCAACGCUCGGGAGAGGUACCGCAUGCGGCAAAUCAACACAGCCUUCGACAGCCUGCGGGGUGUGUUACCGUCGUGGGUGUGUAGUCGACGAGCAGCCUCCGACAUGACCAAGAUCACCACACUGAAACUCGCCUCCGCCUACAUCAGGUCCCUACAGGACAUCCUGGACGGUAACGCCCACCAGGACACCUGCUCCUGGGUCCUCUCCAGCAUCCUAGAUGAAGCCUCCUCCAGCCCCCAGCAGCCCCAGCCCGUCCACUACAACCCCAGCAUCACCCCUAGCAAGACCCACCAGCCCCCAGCACACACCACCACGGACUCGGAGCUGGUGUCUCUCCUGUGUGGUGCCUCGGACUCCAGCGUCUUCCAGGACAACCUUGAGUCCUUCUCGUACCUGUCCCCAGCAGGUGACACCGACACAGUGACCCUCUUGCUGCUGGGGGCUGACCCACCUCGCUGCUGGGGGGAGGCGCAACACACCCUCCCUGUCUCGUGAUGUAGGACUCGUGUAGAGGAUAACAGAAAAUAUUCCGUAGUUCCCUGACAGUCAUCUCACCUGCCUGUGAUGUACUGAUCAAUAGUUGUGCCAUGGAGAAAAAGGACCACAUUCCUGACGCUAGACGACCUGUGUAAGAUUAUCCAGAAUUAUUAACAUUGUCUGUUGUAGAAACUAAGACCCGAGGAAGGUGCUUCAUAACCCGGCAGUUACAGCACUGUACAUCAAUAGAGGGCCUGUGAUCUGAGGUUAUUUCAGGAAAAAGUCAGUAGAAAGUUCAAAUGCUUAACACUGUGCCUCAUUAUUUACGAAGACCAAUACCAUGAUAGUCUUGAACUUAAACCAUGAUAGUCUGGCUGAAAGUAAGGUAUUAAUAGACGUCUGCUUCUCGACAUGCGGUUGACUUUAGUGAAUGAAGACGUUUGGCGGUGUGAGCCAUCAGUGUAGUGAGGGAAGGGUGACCGCACCUGGACGUCAAGAUACAAGUUGUAACUUACUGCUGUCUCACUUGGCUUCAUGUUACACCAACACACACUACCUUUAGGGUACACCUCACUAUGUUCUCCUCACUGAUAACACUCUGAAUUAUGCAU